GACAUUUUAAGAGCAUGGAGGGUAGGAGCAGUUUUCCAUUUCCAUACCAGCCUUAUUCUAUCCAGGAGCAGUUCAUGCAAGCUUUGUACCGGGCGCUGGAUCAAGGCAAAGUGGGGAUCUUUGAGAGCCCUACUGGAACGGGCAAGUCUCUGAGCCUGAUUUGUGGCGCGCUCAGCUGGCUCACAGACUUUGAGGAGAAGAGGAAACAGGAAGCAGACGCUCUGCUCCAGAAAGGCCAGGCUGCACUCUCCUCCAUAUCCAGCUCCACCCAGGCCCCUGACAGCAGCUCCACAGAACCAGACUGGAUCACUGAGUUUGUCCAGAAAAAGGCCCAAAGAGAUCUGGUGUCAAAGCUCAAGGAAAGACUGGAUGAAGAAAUUAAAAGGAAGAAGAGAGAAGAACGUCUCGAGAUGAUCCGAAACAACGUUCAGCUCAAGUUUGCCAUGAAAAGAAAGAAUGAGGAGGAUGAAGCAUUGAAGCUGCUGCAGUUGAGUAAAGAAGAACUCGCAGAGGGGGCUGGAGACAAAGAGGAUGAGGAGUUAAUUGUAGCAGAAUAUGAAAGUGAUGAUGAAACAAAAUCUAAAAACAGAUUCCAGGGGCUUGAUGUUGAUGAUGACGAUGAAGAGCUGGUUGAAGAACAUGUUACAAAGAUAUACUACUGCAGUCGCACUCACUCUCAGCUGGCUCAGUUUGUGCACGAGGUUCAGAAGAGCCCCUUCAAUAAAGACAUCAGUGUGGUCACCCUGGGCUCUCGGCAGAAUUUAUGUAUCAACGAGGACGUGAAGAAUCUGGGAAGCAACCAGCGCAUCAACGACCGCUGCCUGGAGAUGCAGAAGAACAAACAUGAGAAAUCUGACCCUGAGGACGGAGCCAAGCGGAGGCGGGGCCCAGCUAAGGCUGUGUGUCCCUUUAACAAAGUGUCGGCUCAGCUGCAAAUGAGGGACGAUAUCCUGGGGAGUGUCCAUGACAUUGAGCAGCUGCUGAGGCUAGGGAGGGAGCUGCACUCGUGUCCAUACUAUGCCACACGUCUCUCUGUACCCCCCGCACAGCUGGUGGUGCUGCCAUAUCAGAUGAUCCUCCAUGAGGCCACCCGCCGUGCUGCAGGGGUCCAGCUGAAAGGCCAGGUGGUGAUCAUAGAUGAAGCCCACAAUCUGAGUGACACGCUCUCAUGCAUCCACAGCGCUGAACUCACAGGAGCUCAGCUGUGCCGUGCUCACUCUCAGCUUACUCAGUAUUCAGAGCGCUACAGGAGCAGACUCAAAGCCAAGAACCUCAUGUACAUCAAACAGAUCCUAUUUGUGAUCGAGGGGCUGGUCAAAGCUCUCGGAGGUAAAGUGGGACAGAAUGCACAAACUCAGACCACCCAGGCUGGCACAGAAAUGCUGACUAUUAACAACUUCCUUUUUAAGGCUCAGAUCGACAACAUCAAUUUAUUUAAGCUGCAGACCUACUUUGAGAAGAGCCUGAUCAGCAGAAAACUGGGGGGGUUUGUGGAGAAGUAUGCAGGCACAGGAGUGAGUGUGCACCCCCAGAACCCCAACAAGGAGAACCGCCACACAGACGGACUCAACCGCUACCUCCAGAGCCUGCACAGCAACCACGCACAGCCAGUGCCCUCAUCAGAACAGCAGGGGGCAGUGGAGUUUGACAAGGCUCUGUCCACGUCUCCCAUGAUGCAGGUGGAGGGCUUCUUUAUGACCCUCACCAACAAUAACACAGACGGCCGCGUGGUGCUGCACAGACAAGCCACUCUAUCAGAGAGCAGUGUGAAGUUCCUGCUGUUAAACCCGGCCGUGCACUUUGCUCAGGUACUGAGAGAGGCCCGUGCUGUGGUCAUCGCUGGAGGCACCAUGCAGCCGAUUUCAGACUUCAAACAAGAACUUCUCUUCUCUGCUGGAGUGGAAGAGGGACAGAUAGCAGAGUUUUCAUGUGGUCAUGUGAUUCCUCCUGAAAACAUUCUUCCCAUAGUCCUUUGCAGUGGUCCCACAGGUCAGGAGCUGGAGUUUACUUUUCAGAACCGAGAUUCUCCAAGCAUGAUUGAUGAGAUGGGCCGUGUGCUGUCCAACAUCUGUACCGUAGUGUCUGGUGGAGUGGUCUGUUUCUUUCCUUCCUAUGAGUAUUCAAGGAAGGUCAUCACUCACUGGGAGACUACUGGAGCACUAGGUCGUCUGGCAAACAAGAAAAAGAUUUUCCAGGAGCCAAAGAAAGCCCACCAGGUGGAGCAGGUUCUUAGUGAGUUUUCCCGCUGUAUCCAGAGAUGUGCUCACGAUGGAGGCAGUCUCACAGGAGCCCUGUUGUUUUCUGUGGUCGGAGGAAAGAUGAGUGAAGGCAUCAACUUCUCUGACGAUCUUGGAAGGUGUGUAGUGAUGGUGGGAAUGCCUUAUCCCAACAUCAAAUCCCCAGAGUUGCUGGAGAAGAUGGCCUAUCUGGACAAACAUCUGCCUCACCGUGGAGGGAAGAGUCCUGGUCAGGCGCUCAUCGAAAAUCUCUGCAUGAAGGCUGUCAAUCAGUCCAUAGGAAGAGCCAUCCGUCACCGUGGAGAUUAUUCCACUAUAGUGUUAUGUGACAGGCGCUACUCCCGCCCUGCCACCCUUUCCAAGCUGCCCUCGUGGAUAAAGGAACGCACCUGCACGCACGCGUCAUUUGGCCCGGCAUUUGCUGCUCUGAGAAAGUUCUUUGUGGAGAAGAAGAGGCAACAGCAGCAGAUGUGAUUAUAGGUCGUCAGGGCCAGAGGUGGGUAGAGUAGCCC